AGAAGACAAGAAGAUGGAUUGUGUUUGUUUGUGUGCUGCCUGACGACUGACCAGCUGGGAUGUCAGGGAUGGACGUGGUCGCCGUGGGCAACGACGAAACCUCAACAGCGGGAAACGGAACCUUCCACCGCCUCUCACCCACGUGGAAUGUGACGUCAGCCUCCUCCUCCUCCUCCUGGUCGCGGGGUCGGGGGGGCGGGAGUGUGCAGGUCUACGUCUGCCUCUUCCUGGGCCUCCUGCUGCUCCUGCUCAGCCUGCUCCUGGUGGCCCUCCACAGGCUGAAGAACAUCGUCUCCUCCUCCUCCUCCUCCACCUCCUCCACUUCAUCCUCGCUGCCCGACUGCGGCGGCGAAGGACGCUUCACCAACAUGGAGGUGUGCAGCGUCUCGUCUCGGACGUCCCCCACGUCCUCGCUGCGCACCUGA